AUAAAAUAAAAUAAAAAUAUUUCUCCAUUAUUUAUUGCUUUUCAGUGCCCUCUUCCUCUGUGUUCCUCAUUCGUCGACCAGUGGCUCCGCCUCGUCUCUCUCCGGGUUUCGAUCCUGCGAAGAACGAAGCUUUAAUCGAGCAAAAAUCGGCGUCAAUUGAGAGAAUAGCACAGUUUCUAAGGCUUUAUUUUGCAAAAUUCGAGCAGCUACGGUAGCUUUGUUGGUGGUUUGAAGGUUGUAUUAGAGAAAAAAAGAAAAAAAAAUCGAGAAAGUUAGGGUUUUUAGUUGUUGGUGUUUGUUUAUUGUAUUUCGUUUGAUUGUAGCUUCUCUCAAUUUAAUGAGAAUUUGUCUAAAGUAUAAUACUCAUAAAUUUUCUUUUUUCCUUUUUCAGUUUUGAUUUUGCCCUUUUUUUGUUUCUCCAGUUACAUUCGAUUGUUGUAAGUGGAUUUAUGAAAAAAAGAGAAAACAAUUUGUGAUUCAAGGUUUAUUUUGUUAUUAUAUGCAAAAAAGAUGAGAGCUUUAUAGAGUUUUGCUGUGUUUUUUCAAUUGAGUAAAAAAGAAAAAAAGAGAAAUAGUUAUUUGUGUUCUCUGGAGAGGAUGAGUAACACUGCAUAUGGAAUAUCUGAGCCAAUUUCAACUGGUGGACCCUCUGAAUUGGAUGUUGUUAGAAACCGCGAACUGGAAAAGUUUCUUGAAGAUGCAGGCUUAUAUGAAAGUCACGAAGAGGCCAUUAAAAGGGAAGAAGUGCUAGGGAGAUUAGACCAGAUUGUGAAGACGUGGGUGAAAAAUGUCUGUCGUGCUAAAGGCUUCAAUGAUGACCUGGUGCAUGAGGCAAAUGCAAAAAUCUUCACAUUUGGUUCAUAUCGGCUUGGUGUACAUGGCCCUGGUGCUGAUAUAGACACACUAUGUGUAGGACCUAGACAUGCGAUGCGUGAGGACUUCUUUGGUGAACUUCAUAGAAUGCUUGAAGAGAUGCCUGAAAUACAAGAACUUCAUCCUGUUCCUGACGCUCACGUUCCUGUUAUGAAGUUCAAGUUCAAUGGGGUUUCUAUAGACCUUCUUUAUGCGAAUGUAUCACUCUGGGUUAUUCCUGAGGACUUGGAUGUUUCUCAGGAGUCUAUACUACAGAAUGUGGAUGAUCAGACUGUUCGUAGUCUUAAUGGAUGCAGAGUAACAGAUCAAGUUUUGCAUUUAGUACCGAAUAUUCAGAGUUUCCGCACCGCACUGAGAUGCAUGAGAUUGUGGGCAAAACGGCGUGGAGUUUACUCAAAUGUUACCGGAUUUCUAGGUGGUAUAAAUUGGGCACUGCUUGUUGCUAGGAUUUGCCAGCUUUAUCCUAAUGCAGCUCCUAGCAUGUUGGUCUCUCGGUUUUUCAGAGUCUACAGUUUGUGGCGCUGGCCAAACCCAGUUUUGCUGUGUCCAAUAAAUGAAGGAUCUCUAGGGCUGGCCUAUUGGGAUCCUCGGAGGAAUUUCAAAGAUAGGCAGCAUCUAAUGCCGAUAAUAACUCCAGCAUACCCCUGCAUGAAUUCGAGUUACAAUGUUUCAACGAGUACCUUGCGUGUCAUGAUGGAAGAAUUCCUUAGAGGGAAUGAAAUUUGUGAGGCAAUAGAAGCUAACAAAGCUAGCUGGGGAAGUCUAUUUGAGCCUUUCCCUUUCUUUGAAGCCUAUAAAAACUACUUGCGAAUAGACAUAGCUACAGAAAGUGACGAUGACAUGAGGCAAUGGAAAGGAUGGGUUGAAUCUAGGAUACGCCUGCUUACUCUAAAGAUUGAGAGAGACACAGUCGGUGUACUUCAGUGCCAUCCACAUCCGGGUGAAUUCUCAGAUAAAUCUAAGCCAUUUCACCAUUCUUAUUUUAUGGGAUUGCGCAGAAAACAAGGUGUUAAUCCUCAACAAGGCGAACAAUUUGAUAUAAGGUCGACAGUUGAGGAUUUUAAGCAAGAUGUAUAUGCAUAUUCUUUUUGGAAAUCUAGCAUGGGGAUUCAUGUGUGCCAUGUAAGACGAAAGGAUCUUCCUGACUUUGUCUUCUCGGGAGGAGUACGUCCUGCUCAGCCUGCAAAAAGUGAAAGCCGUUCAGGCUCAAGAUCGCUUGGCUCUGCUAAAACAACAUCUCCAGAUGCUGCUUCUAGCAGAAAGAGAAAACAUGACGAAGUUAAUACAGGUUUUAGCCCAAAAGGCAGUGAUGCCAGCUCACCAGGUGAAAGUAGAGAGUUGAAACGCUUUGAUGCCGAUAUUGGUGAUACUUCGAGUACUACGCUUGUUGAUAACCAAAGCACAUUGCCUGUGCCUGUGCCCGCGCCUGCAUCUGGUGCAACUGUAACAGAGACAAUAACAGUCGUGCAAUCUGCAGAACUGACUGUGGGCCAGCAAAGUGGACCCCAUGGUGUCGAAGAUCUUGGGUAUGAUCUGGAAUUGACAAAUGGAGUUAAGCAUUUUGAUGGGGCUAAUGAGCUGCAGACAGUGCCCCCUACACCAGAGCAAAUUGUUGGGGCAGCAACAUCAGAGGAAAAGGACAGAAUUGGUGGUUCUAGCACUAAUGUCCUGCAAAGCGAGGGCUUGGAAGAACUUGAGCCGAUUGAGCCAGCACCGUCCUCCAGCAUUGCAUCUGCUGCAUUUGUGGUUCCUCAGAAGCCUCUCAUCAGGUUCAAUUUUACUUCUUUGCGGAAAACAACUGAGAGCACAUGAAGAAAUGUGCAGUGACCAGAUGCUGGAGCUCGAAAUACAUCAAAUACUCCUUUACAUGAAGCAUUGGAGCUAUGUAAAAGACGCAGGACAAAAAAAAAUGGAAUAAAGAAAAAAGAGAGCUGGAAUCCAAUUUUGGCUUGGAGGUGCAAGUACAUCUUGCAAUUUCUUAGGCUAGGCCAUGAAUGUUUUUAAAGCAAAAAAGAAAAAAAGAAAGAACUGAAUCCAAUUUUGACUGAAAUUGGAUUUCUUGUAAAUUAUAUCAGUUGUUUAAUACUCAAUACCUACCUUUCAUUUGGACAAGAGACUCAUCCUCAUGUGCCUUUUGGGUGCUUAUUGUAAAUUACAUGGAUAAUAUCUUAUCUAAAUAAUAUGUACUUGAAUGU